AUGGGAGACCUCUGCAAAUCCUCCAUCUUCUUCUCCGAUCAACAUCUCUGCUACGCAGAUAUCCUCCCUCCUUCAGAGGUCCGAGCAAGAAUGGAAGUAGCAGUUCUCAAUUUCCUCAAGAUCUUGAAUUCUUCGACUCCCGCAAUCUCAGAUCUAGCUCUGGGGGGCCGUUGCUGGCCGCCUGUUCCUGCAGGUUAUGCUAUUUCUGGUGACCUGAAUUUAUUAGAGAAAUUGGAGAUGAAGACAGAUGCACGGUAUAUUUUUGUGGUAGAGAAGCGGCUGGCCGAGGAUCAAGUCUUUAAUCAAAUUCCGAGCAUUCUUAUCACGGCCAAAGGAUACCCAGAUAUUGCCACAAGGAAUCCUGCUGGAUUAGCCAUACUAUGCACCUUUAAAUUUGGAAGUGUAGGGAUGGGCCUCGAAGCGUACAGAUACGCUUGCAAUAUUAAAUGGCUUGGAUUGCGGAGGGAUGAUCUAGACCUUAUACCUGAACAAUCUUUAGUGCCGUUGAAGCCACGGGAUCAGCAAAUUGCCAAAAGCUUGAUAACCUCGGAAAUUUUGCAGGAUAGCUACAAAAAAGAGUUGGAUGUUAUGGUUCAGAGUGGUCACAGAGCAGAAAUUGAAGCGCUCUACUGCCAUGGAUAUGAUUUCUUAAGGCAGUACUUGGCAAAGAAAAUUGUACAGGCCAGUUACAUCUAA